UGUCCGAUUAUUAUUACAAGAGACAUCUAUUAUCAUUUACGGUCCCUAAACUGACAGAAACCUUUGCUUUUGUUUGUACCACCAUGUACACUUUGUGGAACCGUUGUGUUUACCUCCCAGUUUCCAGCCGGAGCAUUGCACUGUGAACACGAAAUGGCGACCUCCUUGCUGCGUUUAGGGCGACUGGGUUCCCUCAAGUGUCUCCAGUUGGAGAGCUGGGGCGUCCUGAGGAGGAGCUCGGCUGCUUCGUUGUGCACUCAGGCUGAAGAGCCCGCAAAGCCAGCAAAAAAGACAAAGGCUGCAGGCAAAACCACAGAGGCUCCAGAUGACAGAGCAGCCUUGCUAGCCUACAAGACAGCAGUUGCCUUUCCAGUUAAACUUUCCGAGCCUGGAGCUUUCCCAACACAGUCUCUAGGUGUACCUGAAGCAGUGGCCAGCCCCGCUGCCACUGCAGAAACAGUUGUAGCUGCAGCAUCUGUCACUUCUGCCAGUGAACCAGCUGUUGCUGACCCAGAUGUUGCUCAGGUUCUUCCUGACACCGCUCUGCCUGUAGUUGACACAGCCCCCCUAGCUGAGCCCCUGGUUGAUGCAAGCAGUAAAACCUCCGCACCAGACGACACUCCAGUCGUAGCCUCCGCCACGGCGGAUGCAAUCCCAGACGCCGUAGCCUCCGCUGAGCCUGGUGAUCCAGCAGCUGACGGAUCAUCCUCCUCAUCGUCCAGCGAUUCGGACUCAGACUCAGACUCAGACUCUGAGGACGAGAAGUCACAAGUGAAGACUGAAACCAAGACUUCGCCACCAGAAGUGUCGGAAUCCACUGUGGAAGAAGUCCAAGAGGUUGGAUCAGAAGUGAAACAAGACAGCAAUGAAGCUAAGAAGAAAGUUCCACCAGAACCUAAAGUUACUCCCGCUUGUGCUGCUGAGGCUGUAGAGGAGGCCUCUCCAGCAGCAGCAGCGCCCACAGAAGCAGUUCAAGCCAUUGUCGAGGCUCCCAGUGUUAGCUCUGAGGAGUUAGUAGACCCCGCUCCUGAGAUUGUCACUGCCACCAAAAACAUCAUGACCAGCACAGAAGUUCCGGAUGCAGCUAUGGUGGAACCUGCUCCAGAAGUGAUAGAAGAAGUUGUAUCUCCUGCCAUCCCUGAUGUGCAAGUAGAAACUCCAGCUGAAGUUAUAAUCAAGGCUGCAACUCAAGAAAAAGCCCCAGCUGAUGCUCCCGUUGAAACCACAGAGCCUGCCUUUGCCCAAGACCUUGUAGAAGCUGCUGAAGCCCCCUCAGAAACUACUGAAGCUGCCCCUGUAGAAGCUGCAGAUCCUUUAGAAGCUUCCCCCACAGACAUGGCUGCUGAGGCUGCAGCUGAAGUUUCGGCCCCUGUGGAGAGCACAGAGGAGCUGGUGGACCCUGCUCCAGUUGUAUCUGAAGCUUCCCCCACUGAAGUGGAUGCUGAGGCUGCAGCCGCUGAAGCUGCCCCUGUAGAAGCUGCUGCAGAUCCUGUAGGAGCUGCCCCCAUUGAAGUGGCUGCUGAGGCUGCAGCUGAAGUUUCGGCCCCUGUGAAGAGCACAGAGGAGCUGGUGGACCCUGCUCCAGUCGUAGCUGAAGCUGCAGGAGAGGAGCUACAGGCGGAGUCCCCAGUUGAAGCACCAGAGGAGGCUCCAGUAGCGGCACCUCCAGAGCCUGAUGAGCCUUUUGACAACAGCACUUAUAAAAACUACCAGCACCACAACUACACCCCCUUUACAUUUGCAGACCUGGAUGUAGAGAUGGCCAAGUUCCGUCUGCCGCAGCCCUCCUCCAUCAGACACUAGAAGAGUUGGCCUGGCUGCAAACUGUUAUAUUGCAGAAAGAUAAUGGUGGUGGUGUUGUACCUUUUUAUGAUAAUUAUCCCCUUACCUGUCAGAUAAGCAUGACAUUCUGCUAUUAAAUGCUAUAUUAUUAAAUGAGAAAUGAA